AAAGACAUUAAAGGAUUAGAGCAUAACUAAUGCACCGCAGGAUUACAGCCGAACGGGGCUGGAGACAGAGCUGGAGGUAAACAGAGGCGGAAAAAGACCGAGAGGGGCCUGCAGCGACGCAGAGACUGAUUCAUAUCUUGCAGAAAUUAAAGAUUGAAAGGCUGCAUGGCGCACUCAGGUGAAGACGCGCUCACAGCGACGAAUAUAGAGAGGAUUAUCGAGUGUAUCAGAGAGGAUGAUCAGAAAGGACUGAAGGCAGAACUACAGCAAUUUAAUCGAGAGUAUGCGCAGUGCUUCUUCUAUGAUUUGGAGGAGAGAGAGAAAAGAAAAAGGCUGGAGCUAGAAGAGUUCCGAAAGAAUAAAGUGCGGGAUUACGUGUCAGACUCAGAUUCAGACUACGAUGAAUCCGGCAGCCCAGAAGUCCUUUUGAGACAGGCCCUGGCUACGGUUUUGAUCAGGUUCCUCCAGACUGAACCGCAAGGGCGUGUGCUGAAAGCGUGCCUGAGAUCCCUACGGAUUCUCUCCAGGGACAAAAAGGUUCUGGGCCCUCUGAUCACGGACAGGGCUCUCCUCGCUCUGGCGCGCCUGGGCGGCAUCAGCCAGGCGCCGGUUCCCAAAGAAGACUCCGACGGUGACCCGGACCUCUACAGUGACAUCCUCGAGGCCAUCUCCGAGAGCAAACUGGGCCGAGCGGACGAGGACGAUCGCGGCGGCGAGGAAGACGACGGAUCCGGGGCCGCGAGCGGCGAAGCCAACGACCCCGGGGCCUGGGGCCUGAGCGAUUGGUGCGGCGAGAGGAAGGCCAGCACGUUUUCCAACAUGAGCCUCGGACCCUCGAGAAGACGGAGCAGCGUCUACAAAGCUCUCACGCCGGGGAAAAGAGACAGCAGAGGAAGCCUGGGAGGAGGAGAGGAGGAGGAGGAAAAAGAAGAAAAGGCCGACGAUGGAGGCAACAGGAAGGAGGUCAUGAAAAUCUUCUGUAACAUUAUUUACAACAGCGCUUGGGCACAAGAGAGAGCCAGCGAACUCGGUCUCCUCUGUGGUCUGACAGAAAAGCUAAAUAAGGAGUUUCAGUCCGCAUCUUCUCCUUGCGGUCAGUUUUAUGCCCUCCGGUUGAUGUUUUUACUGACGGCGUUGAGGCCUGAGCUCAGAGCGCAGCUGAAACAAGAGGGAGGAGUGCCGUUGUUGAGCGCAGUGCUGGAGAAGAGUUUAUCGGUGCAGUGGAAGGAGGAGUACGAGGUGGUGCUGGACCCCGCAGCGCCUCCUAUAAGCGUGGAGGACUCACAGCAGGCUCAGGAGGCCCUCAAGAUCCUCUUCAACAUCACACACAGCACACACGCUCAGGAACCCGAAGAGGGAGAUGCCUCUCUCUAUCGCCACCUGGCGGCGGUUUUGCGUCACUGUCUGAUGGUGUCCUGUGAGGAGGAGGAAGCUUCAGACGAGUUAAAGGGGCACGCAGCGAAUAUGUUGUCUGCUCUCCCGUUGAGCUGUCUAGACGUUCUGGUAUCUGUGCCUCUGGCUCCAGACUCACAGCAGAUGAACGGAGCCAACAUGGACUGUGUGCACAACCUGCUCAUGUACAUGGAGAGAAAACUGGAGCAGGGUGAAAAGGUCAAAGAGAGACUGACCCCUGUCCUGAACUUGCUGACCGAAUGCUCCAGAGCUCACAAAGACACAAGACACUACCUCAGACAACAGAUUUUGCCUCCAUUAAGAGAUGCCAGCACUAAACCGGAGGAGGGAAACACCAUGAGGAACCGUCUGGUCAGACUGAUGACAAACCUGGACACGGAGCUUAAACACUGCGCUGCUGACCUGCUCUUCGUGCUGUGCAAAGAGAACGUGAGGCGUUUUGUGAAGUACACUGGAUAUGGAAAUGCCGCUGGGCUCCUGGCCACCAGAGGCUUGCUAGGAGGUCAGAGGUCAAAGGUCACGUCGUCAGGCACUCGGUACUCUAGCGACUCGGACUCAGACACCGAGGAGUACCGGCAGAUCAAAGACCGCGUGAAUCCAGUGACGGGACAGGUGGAGGAGGAGCAGCCCGAUCCCAUGGAGGGAAUGACCGAGGAGGAGAAGGAGGAGGAGGCUCACCGGCUCAUCAGUCUUUUUAACAAACUCUCAAAGGAUAAUAUGAUUCAGCCAAUGGGAUUGAACGAAGAGGGUCAGCUGGUGCCGCUGUCGGAGCUCAGCGACCUUUCGAUGGAGGAGAAGAAAUCGGAGGAAGACCACGAUGACCUGGAGAACGUGGAGUAGAAUCGGCAUAGAUGUGAUUUAAACUGACUAGAAAAGUAAUACAGAUGUAAUGUUAUAAUACGUAGUUUAUCACAUGACCUCACCUACACAAAACCUUAAAUAUUUCCUGAACACAUCUAAUUAUUUAAUACUUUAAUUAACACACGACCAGUCUCAAAAGUUUGGAUCAAUAGGAUUUUUUUGAAAUAACUUAAUACUUAAGCGUGGAUGCAAUAAAUUAAUCGAAAGUGACAGUAAAGAUAUUGCUUACAUCACAUUAUAAAAUUAAAUGACAUUAAAAAUGUUUAAAAUAAUUUUAAUAAAAAAGUGCAAAUUAUAUUGAAUUUGGAAUAAUGAUUUUUACAGUGUCUCUUAUGAAAUAAAACAACGUGGGAACAAGAGACUUUUUUCAAAUUAAAAAAUCUUACCAAACUUUUGAAAGGUAGCGUAUGUAUAAAUACUAAAGAUUACGUCAUAAUGAUUCAGUUAGUCGAUACAUAGAUGUGUUGUGAAGGACUGUAUGUUCUUUAAAUGUUCAUUUCUUUUCUGUGAAUGUAGAAUCGGCGGGAAAGGUUAGUCAGUAGCGUCCUGAACAGGUGGCUGGGCAUGAGGUUCUUGGUUUUUAUUUAUGUUGCGCGGCCCACGGCGAAGUCCCCUCCGCAUAGCUGAACAUUAAAUCAUAAACCUACA